AUGUCGAGUAAACUAACUCUUGGUCAGCGUGUGAUUUUGACGGCUAAAGAUGUUAAGGGUUCAGUGGCAUACGUUGGUUACCCGAAUUUUGCCACUGGUAAAUGGAUUGGAGUGAUUUUGGAUGUGCCGAAGGGGAAAAAUAAUGGCUCAAUUCGAGGACAUACCUAUUUUAGGUGUGAAGAGAACUAUGGAGUGUUUGUGCGCGAGUCACAGAUCCAGCUAUUAGAUGCUGAUGACAAUCCAAUGGAGACUUCCAUGACAUCCUCUAGUGAGGAACCGAAAUCAAUACCAGCCAACAGGAGACUCAGCAGGGUGCGCCGGAAGGCGUCUCCUGCGCAGACCAAAGCUGGAACUCUGUCGAUGUCCAGUUCUCGCACGUCGCUCGCCAGCAGUCGUCAAUCACUGACGUCAUAUGUGUCGCCGACCGCGGAAAGGGCCGCUUCACCUGACAGCGCGGCGAAGAGGGCCUCCUUUGUUGAAACCGGAUUCGUGGAGACUCUGACGCCACAGUAUACUCCGGGGCAGAGUAUAACAUCACCGCAGCCGGUGACUUCAGUUGAAGAUAAACUAGCUAAUAUGCAGGCACAGCAGGAGAUAACCCAACUUAAAUCGGAAGUGGAGGAUUUGAAAGAGAAACUAGAAACGCUGAGGGUCCGUCGCGCUGAAGACAGGGAAAAGUUGAGGGAGCUGGAACGAGUGAGGCUGCAACUGGACCAGGCGAACGAGUUUAAGGCGAAGAUCAUGGAGUCUCAAGCUCAACUGCAGAGGGAUUUGCAACGGGCGAAGCAGGAGGUGCGUGAAGCCCAAGAAGCUUUAGAAGUCCACAAUGAUGAGACAGCAGAGCUGCAGGAGGCGGCAGAAAUGGCGGCUCUCGACAAAGAAAUGGCCGAAGAGAGAGCGGAAGCACUACAGCUGGAGCUGGAACAGUGCAGGGAGAAGUUGGAGGAAGCCACUCUGGACCUACAGCUUAUGAAGGCGGAGAUGGAGGCGGGAGGGAACAUACCGUCAUGCCCGAGCGAAUUUGAGCAUCCGUACACGACCGGCGAGGCGACCGGCUACGAGAUGAGGCAGCUGCAGCAGCAAAACAGCCGACUUCGUGACACACUAGUGCGUCUGAGGGAUCUCUCCGCUCACGAUAAACACGCCAUGCAGAAAAUGCAUAAGGACCUGGAACAAUAUAAGUCUGAAAUAGCUGAACUCAGCCGCACAAAAGAGAAGCUUUCCUCAAGAGUAGAGGAAUUGGAAGCCCAAGUGGCAGACCUGAGGGAGCAGGUGGACGCAGCUCUCGGGGCCGAGGAAAUGGUCGAACAGCUGGCAGAGAAAAAGAUGGCCUUGGAAGACCAGGUUGAGCAACUGAAGCAAGACGUUUCAGAGCUGGAAGCGCUGCAGGAGGUCCACGAACAGCUGGUGGAGUCGAACAGGGAGCUCGAGAUGGACUUGCGCGAGGAACUGGAGAUGGCACACGCUGCAACUAGAGAGGCGGUGCGAGAGAGAGAGGCAGCUCUAGAGACUAUGAUGGAUAGGGACGCGACGAUAUUAAAAUUCAGGGAAUUGGUGCAGAAAAUGACUGAACAGUAUAACGAGAUACGCGCACAAUUGGAGUCGAAGCAAGGCUCGCCGGCCCCCAGCGAGCAGGAGUCCAACCCGGAGAGCUCGGCGCGCUCGUCCCCGCCGGUGGAGCUGGGCUCGCUGGUGCAGCAGUCGCGCGCCUCCACCCGCUCCGUGGACCUGCAGCUGCGCGCGCUCGACCUGGCCCAGGCGAGGGCCCGCGCGGACAUGCUGGCCGCCUGCCUGCCGGACCACUUCAUGACCGUGUGCGGUGACCACGAUGCGAUCUUGCUGAUUUUGCUACUGCAGAGGCUGAACACGAAAGCGGAGAUUAUACUAGGCCAGAUCAGAGAGAGAUUCCCAGCGGUGAACGUGUGGGAUCGCGAGGCGGUGACGAAGACCCACACAGCGGUGCAAUACAGUUUCCGCUGCCAACUGGAAUACCAACUGCACAUGAUACAGUGUAUAGUGUGCAUGUGGACAGCAGCGCUUGAUUCAUGUUCUCCCGAGAUAUUAUUGCGCGCUGCUAGCGCUUUACCGGACGCGCUGCAGCAGGAGCGUGCGCUGGAUGCAGCCACUCAGCUGCUGAAGAGUAACGAGCUCGAUGAAAAUUGCUCACUCGACGGCAUGGAGCGUUGCUGGACGUACCUGUCCGCCAUGUGGUCCGCUCUGAACAUGAACAGCGUGGAGGGGGCGGCGGUGGACCGGCACGCGGUGCUGCACGCGUCUAGCGCGCUGGACGCACUGGCGCGCGCGCUGCAGGCCGACGCCACAGCGCUCACGCAUGUGCUGCAGACGUCAGACAGGCAAAUGGAGUUGGGUCAGUUGCACGAAGCCAUCAGCACGGCGAGUGCUUCGCUGCAGCAGCAGUUGAAGAGUGUACGACGUAGACUGCCCCCUGGCGUCAGAUUACACACGGUGCCAAUAGACGUACAGUUGGUGGAGCGUUUGAGGGGCGAGUGCGCCAGUACACUGUGGCGGUGCGUGCGCGCCGUUUGCCUCGCGUCGCGCGCGGCGUGCGCGUGCGCGGCCACCGCCGGGGAACGCGGCGACCCCGCCCCCCUCCCGCACGCCACCCUCCAUCAGCUGUGGGCCGCCUGUGUGGACAAGCUCUACCAGCAGGAUGAUCACGGCCCCGUGCGGACUAUCAAGCACGCCUUAUCUCAGGUGGCAGCUGACGUCACAAAACUAGCAACAUUCGCACAAGACAAAGAGUACGAUAUGAUGUCCCUCACCAAUGUGCACGUCGAUAAACCGACCCCACCAGUGGUCCUUCGCGCUCAACUAGUGAAGAAGCAGUUGGACGAAACGAAAACUCUCACUAUCAAACUGGAGAACAAGGAAGCCGAUAUCAAGGAGCUGAGGAAGGCACUAAAGGCUAAACAAGAGGAGCUAUCGGAGAUGCAGAUCAGGCGAGAGUUGGGGGAGAGGAAACUGACCGCGGCCGCUAGAGACGCGGAACUCAGAGCGGAACAGCUACAGAGGAGAUUGGACGACGCACAGAAUCAACUCAAAAGAAAAGAGAAGGAAUUCGAGGAGACAAUGGACCAUUUACAACAAGACAUCGAUUCUUUGGAGAGCGAAAGAGGCGCGCUGCGUGACAAACUCAAGUUGUAUGCUAAACGAGGCGGAUCACAUCACGAGGAGACACCAGUCAAAGUGGUGCCGGGCGUGGUAGCCGGAGAUGUUAACGAAGCGUUGCAGCAUCAGCUCAAGGUGCUCAGCUGGACUGUGGAGCGCGAGCGUGCGGCGCGCGCUGCGGCGUGUCGCCGUGCGGAGCGCGCCACCAUCAGGAGCCUCCGGCCCCUGGAGCACCCCGCCGCGCGCUCAGCGGUCGCCAGGAGGCAGGCCGCCGCCGCGCUAGAGAAACAACUGGCCACCCUACAUACGGAAUGGACUCUGUUCGUGGCCCGUUCGGGGCUGGUUAAGUUCCCAGAGGAGCCCGGCAAGUACGCGAGAGCUCUGCAGAAGCAUAAGGAGAAGCAGAAGGAGAUCAGGAGGCAGCUGGAGGAGCGUCUCGCGGUGUUGCAAGCCGAAGUGCGCAGUCAGCUUCUGUUGCACCGCCCCUGGCGUUGUGUUGAAGCAGAUUUUGCGGAGUUCCCAUCGCGGGAACUGGCUAAGGCAUUAUCGGGUAAGGCGUUGGAAGUGGGCACAAUACAUUACCCAGCUCCAUCUGGUGACGCGCAGUCCGAAGACACAAUAUACGUCACACCGACACAACUUACCAGAUUACGCGAGAUCGUAUCGGAGUUGCAGUCAGACGAUGUGAAAUUAGAAUUGGCGCCUCUAGACCAUACAGUGUGCGCUGCGUAG